AAUGUCCGUCAACCUUGGUAUUAAUGGAUUCGGAAGAAUUGGUAGAUUGGUCUUGAGAGCCGCUAUUGAGAACAACAAACCAGUAUACAUUUUAAAUAUUCCAAGGUGACAGUCAAAGCUAUCAAUGACCCAUUCAUGGAUCUAGAUUACUUGGUCUAUAAUCUUAAAUAUGACUCUGCUCAUUUGAAAUCACCAUUCACAGUCGAAAAAUACGAUUAAGGAAUUGUUGUCAAUGGAUAAAAGAUCAGAGUUUAUGCUCAAAAAGAUCCAAGCCAAAUUCCUUGGGGAGAUUCAGGAGUAAUAGCAUAUUUUAAUUUUUAUUAGGUUAACACAGUUUGUGAAUCAACAGGUGCAUUUUUGACUGACGAAAAGGCUGGAUUCCAUUUGAAGGGAGGAGCCAAGAAAGUCAUUAUGUCUGCUCCAUCAAAAGACAAGGGCACACCAACAUAUGUCUAUGGAGUUAACCAUGAAAACUAUAAAGCUGAUUAACACAUUGUUUCAAAUGCUUCAUGCACAACCAACUGUUUAGCUCCAUUAGCUAAAGUUGUCAAUGAUAAUUUUGGAAUUGUUGAAGGUAAAAAUAUCAGUAGAUUUUUAUAGGACUUAUGACAACAGUUCAUGCUUCCACAGCUACUUAAUUGGUUGUUGAUGGACCAGUUAAAGGUGGAAAAGAUUGGAGAGCUGGAAGAGCUGCAUCUACCAAUAUUAUUCCAUCAACUACAGGAGCUGCAAAGGCUGUAGGAUUAGUCAUUCCAGAAAUCAAAGGAAAAUUAACUGGUAUGGCCUUCAGAGUUCCAACUAUCAAUGUUUCAGUUGUUGAUUUGACAGUCAGAAUUUAAAAGGAAGCAUCUUAUGAUGAAAUUAUGGAAGCACUCUCAAAGGCUUCAUAAGCAGGUCCAUUAAAAGGAAUUUUGGGAUUCACAAGUGAUUAAGUUGUUUCAUAAGAUUUCCUUCAUGAUGCAAGGUAAAAAUUUUUAUUAAAAAUUUAGAUCAUCUAUUGUUGAUUCAAAAGCUGGUAUUGGAUUGACAAAGAACUUCCAUAAAUUAGUCUCAUGGUAUGAUAAUGAAUGGGGAUAUUCCAAUAGAGUUUUGGACUUAGCUGUUCAUAUGGCCAAAGUUAGCAAAUUAUGAA